AUGGGCGGUGGUGACCACUCACCGGAGAAGAAGACGAAGCGAAAACGAGCUUCUGAGAAGACCGAUCGGCCCAACAAGAAGGCGGCUCUUGCGCCCGUUGCGGCGACUGUCAAAGUCCAAUUCGUGGAGAAUACAAAUGGGUUGCUUCCUGUUAUAGCAUCCACACCAGGCAUCAAUGUCCCCAGCUCAGUCCCCUUAACCGCAUAUACCAAGCCGCGCCAAAAAAGGCUACCAAAGCACAACGCCACAAGGAGCGUGGAGAUCUUGAAUUCUGAACUCCUUCUGCAAUCAUCCGCACACCCGAAGCUUGACUUCGUAGGCAAGGAGGGAGAGAAUGAGCUGGAUACGCUCUGGAAUCAUUAUGUGGCCAUCUAUGAUCCGGACGCGGGCACAUUGCAACUUGCGGAGGCCAGGAAGAUGACGGUGCGUGGAUGUGUGAGACGUGUGCCUAGGAAAGAUAUCAAUGGUGAAGAGGAAGAUGGGGAGGGUGUUGCGAUAUCCAACUGGGCCCAACGCACCGCUCUCACAGAAGCUUUCGGCACCAAACAAUCCCGCAAAGCCAUCCAAUCACUCGCAGCGAACGCCCUCCUCUCCAGCGCCCCAGCAGGCAGCGGUCCCAGUGCCGUAGAAUCAGCUCUCCUCUCCUCCAUCCCCAAAGAAGCCGUGACCUCCCCGCAAAAGACCGCCCAGGCCGAAAUCCAAGCUGUAAAGCCCCUGCCACAACCCAACCUGUCCGCCACGCACCCAUCAGACGUCUACGCGAUCGAAACCCUUGUCCCCAACGGCCUGGCCACGCUGCGUACCAUGCACGUCAAGGAUUGGCAAGAUGCCAUUGCAGCCGGGGAGCCGGUGCUUUCGUCCUCCCGCUUCGUGGCGCAUAGAGUUGAGCACGUAGUCCGCUCGAGGAACAAGACGAUGCUCCAGCUACUGCGGUUCAUAAUGAUUCUCAUCGAGCUGUCUCGCUCGCUGAAACCGAGCCGUGGUGCCGGCCCGGCUACGCCCGGGGCGGCGGGGACGAAGAAACUCCCACCCCGCGAAGACCUGCGGCGCAUACUAUCCGGCAUCCCACUGUCGAAAGGAGCAGCGGCAGCGCCAACUGACCCCAAAACCCCCCUCCUGCCGGAUUCCUUCCUCGACGCACUGCGCCGCAAAUUUGUCCCGCAGGGCUCCUUCCUGUCCAAAAGCGACAUCACGCUCCUGCACACGACCAUCUGUGCUCUGUCGCUGCAUAUCCCGCCCGAGACGGGGUUUGCGGCCAACGAGCUGGCGACGGACCCGGCGGAUCUGCGUGACGAUCUGCGUCUCGAGCAUCAGACUAUCCAGCAGUACUUUAGGGAGCUGGGGUGCAAGGUGGAUAAGCCGCGGGAGAGUGAGUUUGCGAAGUGGGGGGUGAAGAGUAAGGCUGAGGCGGGGGCGAGGAGGAUUGCGAAGUUGAGGGUUCCUGUGGAGUUCCCGAAGGUCAGUAGGGGGCCGGGAGUGAGGAGGAGGAAGUAG